AUGGCCAUCGAGAUCAACCUCUCUCCCGGUGCUUCGAUCACCCUCACCAACAAGGGUAGCACGAUGUCCACCACCACCAUCUACAAGUCGAGCCACACGUCCGCGCCGGCCAUCAAGUCGAGCAGCUCGUCGUACUCAUCGUACGCUCCCUCGUCGUCGUCGUCGUCGUCGUCGUCCUACUCCUCGUACGCCCCCUCAAGCUACUCGUCCAGGUCCUACGGCUCCAGCGGCUCUGGCUCGGUCCUCACCAAGUCGUCCUAUGGCUCCAGCACCGACGGGUACUACUACCUCGGCAACGGCCAGUACCGCCGCUAG